CCUCUUCCUCUUCCUCCUCCUCUUCUUGAUCUUCUUGUAUUUUAUGAGGAGUUUCCCACUUGCUCCGAGUCUUCCUCCCUUCAUCCCAAUGACCGUCCGGAAAGGAAAAACUUUAGCCAUCACCAUCCAGGAGCACAUGGCCAUCGACGUCUGCCCGGGACCAAUCCGGCCCAUCCGCCAAAUCUCUGCCUACUUCCCCCGCCUCUCGCCCACUUCCUCCUUCUCGGAGCCGCUCUCGCCCAAUCAGACGGGAGCCUCGGCUGCCCUCUGCCCCGGCGGCACGGGUCAAGGCGGAGCGGGAGGAGGCAGCGGCGGCCUGUUGUCGCCCUUGCUAGCGGCGAGAGGCGGCGGGGCCGCGGGGGGCUCGCUGUCCGCCAUGAGCAGCAUUGACACCUCCGUCGAGGUGGACAGCUGUGACAGCGACGAUAACACUUCUUUGGGGACGUUGGAGUUUGACUUGCUGUACGACAGAGCCACCAGCUCCUUGCACUGCACUGUCCUGAAAGCGAAGGGUCUGAAACCGAUGGAUUUCAACGGCUUGGCGGAUCCCUACGUGAAGCUGCACCUCUUGCCGGGAGCCUGCAAGGCCAACAAAUUGAAAACCAAGACGGUCCGUAACACUUUGAACCCGGUGUGGAACGAGACGCUCACAUACUGCGGCAUCACCGAGGAGGACAUGUCUCGCAAAACGCUGCGGGUGUCGGUGUGCGAUGAGGACAAGCUGACGCAUAACGAGUUCAUCGGGGAGUCGCGGGUGGCCCUGCGCCGCGUGAAGCCCGACCAGACCAAACACUUCGACAUCUGUCUGGAGCGCCCACCUCCUCUGCCCUCGCCCACGGCGAUGAGCACGGCCCUCAGAGGCAUCUCCUGCUACCUGAGAGAGUGGGAGACGGAGCAGCAGAGAAGUUUGGAGGAGAGAGGCCGCCUGCUGCUGUGCCUGCAGUACGUCCCCCCGGGCGACGGCGACGAGGGUCCCGGCGAGGCCAAGGAGAGGACGCGCGGCGGCCUGUGCGUGGGCGUCAAGCGCUGCGCCCACCUGGCCGCCAUGGACGUCAACGGCUUCUCCGACCCCUACGUUAAAACGUACCUCAAGCCAGAUGUUCAGAAGAAGUCCAAGCACAAAACUGCAGUGAUAAAAAAGACACUCAACCCGGAGUUUAAUGAGGAGUUCUUCUACGAAAUCUCCUUCUCAGAGCUCGCCACCAAGACGUUAGAGGUCACCGUGUGGGACUACGACCUCGGCAGGUCAAAUGACUUCAUCGGGGGCGUCUCCUUAGGGUGCCACUCGCAGGGGGACACCCUGCAGCACUGGGUAGACUGUCUGAAGAACAAGGGCAAGAAGGUGGAGCGCUGGCACACGCUGACCAACGAGCUGCCCGGCGCCACGUCGCAGGAAUGAAGCGCACCUCUCGGGAUUGUGCGACCGGCGACACCACGGCGGCGAGGGAGACGGCGGAGGCUUUUCUGCAUGACUGUCAAAGAACUCGCAGCCGCACAAAAUGACUUCUUCAUUCAUGAAAAGAAAAAAAAUAAACGCGUCAGUCGGAGAAAAGCGGGAAGAGUCACAGAUCGUAACAGGCCUCAUCGUCGCAGCCGCCGCAAAACUGCUUUUUUGAAGCGGAUCCAUUUGGGAUGCUUGUUCCAUUUUUGGGUGGAUUUUGCUGGGCCGCAAGUCACGUACGCGCACACGAAGGAUAUUAAAAAGGCCUUUUCGCAUAACGCGCGGCUGCGGUUGGUGUCCAUUGGGAUGUCGCCAGCUACUGGCCUGGCAUGUAUAUGACAGUCGUUUUUUGCAAAGGAAAAAAUGAAAGAUUUGUUUUUUGUUUUUUUUUCCUGAAGUGUUUGUCACGUAAAAAUACUCGAACGCAGUCUUUCCCAACCUUUUGGAGCCAAAGCACAUACACUACUCAUACGAAGAUAUAUCGCUCUUUCGGCUGAAAUGUUCGGUCCAACUGUUCAGCGUUUCGGUACUUUUUGCACAGCUUUCUGUUCUUUAAAAAAGAAGCUAAACGGCACCUUGAUGCCUUUCUGUGACUCUUCCAGUCUUUUUGUAUCUCAACUGAUCACCUUCUUAGCUCAGCGGUACUAUUGAUCAAUUGUUAGGUGUCGUCUCGGUCUCAUGAUGUCAAAAUCUUAACAAAAUGUUGAAGAGGACAGUUUCGAGUUGAUUCAUGGAUCAAACAGUUUUUUGUUUUUUUUCUGUCAGCUCCUUGUUAACAUUGAACAGUUGGACAUGUGCAUUUAAAAGUUUAGAAAAGGUCAAAUUAGGUUCACCUGUAAAGUUUAUACAGUGGCCCGAAAAUCGGCGGUUAAUUGAGGCCCAUUAUAAUUGCAUUAAAAACAAAA